GUCGCUUCGCUUGCGGAGCCGGAUCCGCUGUUCAGUCUCGUCCCUCGAGCAGCGUACCUGCCCUUCCUUUUCCAUGACGUGCUAGAGCACUUCAAGAAAUCGGCGGUCGCCCGAAUGGGCCAGCCGUAUGAGCUGUGGUUCGACUACAAUCACAUAGCGCUCAAGUGGCAUUUCCCGUUGGGGGUGUUGUGCGACGCCUUGGUCGGCAAGGAGGUCCCUGUUCCUUUGGAUCUCACAGUCCACUUCCGUGGAAAUUCCCUGAUGAAAGAGCUGCUGCCUUUCAGUGGUAUGGCAGAUCUCCAACGGUCUGUCAUGAAUGCCUUCAAGCAGGCCAUCUUCCUGGAAGUUGGCUCUGCUUCUCGCUUCAUGCGACUCGAGAAGAAAGAACACAUGAUGCUCUGGGACGCGAUACUCCGCAGCGACAUCCGAAGCUUCUCCCAGGUGGAGGAAAGGCUGAUGUGUGGCACACUGGCCGAGUGCAAGAGCCUGGCAGUGCGGCUGCACAUCUGGGCGCCGCCACAGAGUGACGAGGUGUUGCUGCACAAGGCGGGGGGAGACAUUGUCCGAGCAUCGUGA